UACGGCUGGAGUUAGGGAUCAGAGGGCUGAGAGGUGACACCAAGCAACCAACCUGACCUCCCCAGCCUGACUGGUGCCUCUCCGCUACCUGCCCCGCACAGCCAUCCCCUCGCUCCCUUGCUGUGCCUUCUCAGCGAUGGGUUCCUGGGCAGAUACGCUCGCCCUGUACAUGAGAUUCGGAUGUAUAGUCACCCUCGGGUGGGCAGAGUUGAACACCGAAUGCUACACAGCAAAUGGGGCCGACUACCGAGGCUGCCAGAACCAAACCUCAGACCACGGAGGAAAGCCCUGCUUGUAUUGGAAUGAAACCUUCCAGCACCCCUACAACACCCUCAAGUACCCAAAUGGGGAAGGAGGCCUUGGGAAUCAUAACUAUUGCAGGAACCCAGACAAUGAUGUGAGGCCCUGGUGCUACAUUGCUGAGCACGAAGACAGCGUGUACUGGAAAUACUGCGACAUACCAACAUGUCACAUGCCGGGCUACCUAGGCUGCUUUAAGGACAAUGGUGACCCCCCGCCACUAUCAGGCAGCAGUGAGACAUCCAACAAGCUGACCAUCCAGACCUGUAUUAAGUUUUGCAGGAGUAAGAGGUUUAAGCUUGCUGGCAUGGAGUCCGGCUAUGCAUGUUUCUGUGGGAAUGAUGCUGAUUACUGGAGACACGGAGAAGCAAACAGCACCGAAUGUAACCAUGUAUGCUUUGGUGAUCACACUCAGCCCUGCGGAGGGGACGGCAGGAUAAACAUCUUUGAUGCAAUGAUUGGGGCCUGUGGCGGGAAUUACUCCAUGGAUGCUGGCAUCAUUUACUCCCCUGAUUUCCCUGACAACUAUGCCAGUAGCAGAGUGUGUUACUGGACCAUUCAAGUGCCGGGUGCUUCCCUCAUCCGAUUUGACUUUGCCUUGUUUGACAUCAGGGACUCGAGUGACAUGGUGGAGUUUCUGGACGGCCACAGCCACCAUGUUCUUGCCAGGUUCGAUGGGAGGAACCGGCCAAACGACAGCCUGAAUGUGUCGGCCAGCUUUGUGAUCUUGUACUUUUACUCCGACCGGGUGAACCAAGCUGAAGGAUUUGCUGUCUUGUACAAAGCCAUUAAAGACGAACCUCAGUCCCAGCCUCCGGUAAGCAAGAAUGAUCUAAAUACAUCUGACAUGUUGAUGGAGAAAGUCAGUCCUGGGACCAACGCAGCGCGGUCAUCAAAGAUUCUCUACUUCAUUACAGCAAGUCCCAACCAGCCGAACCAGAACAUGCCAGUGUGGACCAUCUAUGCCUUGGCGGCCCUGCUGACACUGACGGUGAUAGCAAUGGUCUCAAAGAUUCUUCUCCAUCUAACAAUAAAAUCUCGUAGAAUUCCUGCACAGAACAGUUCGGAAAACUGCAGCCAGCCAUCCCCAUCUGAACCCUGGGUCAUCACGUACAAACCUUCAACCAUACUGUUCUUUAAGAAAAAGCUGAAGGAUCAACAUGGAGAUCGAAGUCCACUUGUGGGUGACUAACCCACUGCAAUGACAGAGACCACCACUAGUCCUCGCCAUGAAAGCUCCUUUAACUUAUCUUUCAGUUGCAACAUCUGGCACUUUGAUACCUCAUUGUGAAGAUGACUUUAAGCUCACUGAAUUAAGCACUUCACAGCCGAUGCAGGCAUUAUUGCAUGUCCUUUCGAAACACCAUCAGACCAGUUGACUAGCAUCUCCAAAGCAAGUGUCCAAUAAAAAUCCAAGAUCUUGGAAAUGUUGGUACAAGGUGUUUCUACAGUUCAUAGAUAUUUGCUUGAAGAUCUACUGGGCUCUAAUAAUGGCCAGUUAGCUCAUCUGGCUCUCAGAAUCUUAGAUACUGAUUCAGGUUGGUGUCAAAUCAAUUCUUCGAGCAAGAACACUUUUGCAGAUGAUUCCUCUGUCAAAUCAAUGCCAGGACUAUACAGCUCUUCUAGUCCAUGCUUGUCUGCACUAGUUCGUUGAACUCUACGGGUUAUUUCUUGUCAACUGCAGAAGAUUAAAAUGUUUUCACAACAAACCUCCUCCUAAAUUCUUGAACAAUUAAGUUCUGGGAAAAGACUAUAUAAGUUUCCUGCAGGAAAUGGUUGCAAAAGCAGCAGAAAUGGGCUCACUUUAGCCUUUGAAGUCUUUGAUGUAUGACACGCAAGCAGAUUGCAGGACAUUGAAAGAAUCACAGGAAGAGUCCGGGAAUAUAUUCAACUCUAUACGUCUAUAACAGCAAUCCAUUGGGAAUAAAAACCCACGAAUGGACUUUGUGCAAAACGUAAUUCCACGCUUGCUACAGCUGGCAAUACUGGUCUGGCUGAGUAAGCUGGUAAUGGGUUAGUUAUGCUGGGGUUGUUUCCAUAUGGCCAAACUGAAACGAUAAUCAAGUCUCUCCUGCCUCUUUAGAAAAGCUUAAAUCCAAAAUAAGGAGUGUUUUGUGUGUGUGUGUGUGUGUGUGUGUGUGUGUGUGUGUGUGUGUGUGUGUGUAUGUGUGUGUAUACAUAAUUUUGUUUUAUUUAUUUACAUUUACUCCUCUCUUUAUUAACAUCUCACUGGUGGACACUUCACCUGGCACCCUUGUUCUUCUCCUAGUUCAUCACUGGCACUAAGGUGUUACAGGAUUCACAAGGAGAACUGUUAAUGACUGGGGUUGACUUUCCCUACAAGAAGAAAGCAUCUAACUCUUGUUCAACACUUGUUCCAUACUCUCCCUCAUAUCCCUGGGUAAUGAUGAAAAUUCUGCACGUUUAUCUCCAAGAAAAAGCACUUAAACCACCACCAAGACAAAGAAGGACUUCAAGCUGAUUUUUGUUGGUUGAAAUCAUCAGUAAGUCAGGCAGAGCAUCCACUGCUCAGGGAGGCAUUAAUACAUCAAGGUCCUGAAGACUAUCUGUACAAGAGUAUCAUUAAGUACAAAUGCAGGAAGAAAUUCUACACAGAAGUGAGAAGUUCAAACUUAAUUAAGCCCUUUCCAUAUGAUGUAAACUCUGUUUCCAGUGAAUUGUGCAGAGCCAUUAUAUGGUAGAGGGAGUGUUGACACUGGCCUGAAAUUGUGACUGGUGCCUCAUUAUCAUUGACGGAUGAGCUACUGUUGGAUGUGGAAGGAUAGGAACAUGGAGCUGGGGCCUGAGGCAGCAGGCAGUCACCGUACAGGAGAUGGCCCACACACAUUCUCAUCAACUUGCUCCAUAAAAGUUGCCACAACAUUUUCUUUAGAACACAUCUCUUUUGGAAGUAUAUUUAAGCAUACUUUAUAUGUAGGAUACUAAUUCCCCUAAUAUUGGGCUUUGGUGUGAAAAACGUAUGAUACAGAUUUGUUAAAAAAUUAUGGUUGCCACUGUAGCAUAGUGAUUCCUGCAGCACUAUUAUAGCUCGGGGCGUUCUCUGGAGUUCAGAGUUCAGAGUUCAAUUCUGGCACCCUCUGUAAGAAGUUCCUAUGUUCUUCCCAUGUGAGUGAGGGCCUCCGUCAGUCUGAGUUGAUCAUGGAUGUUGCGUUCUAGCUGUCUUGAUACGCGGGCUUGGGCAGUACAAUAUGGAGGGCAAGCCGUUCCCAUGCAGUAGGCCCCCCCCAUGCAUCUGAAGAACCCAAAGGAGCGGCAGAGACCGAUACAGUUUGGUACCAGUAGCGUCGCAGGAGUUGCGAUUGAGCCCGUCAAGAUUGAACUUGAUGUAGGACUGCCUUGGCGGCUCCAGCUCCGGCCUUUUCCCUCGGUGUUUACUCCCAAAGCCUUCACCAUGAGUGGGUAUAACUGCAAGGCAGCAGAGGUUGGAGAUCAGAGUUUUCUUUCUCCUAGGUGAGCUGUCAACCACAGCUGAUGAGCCCCAUCUGCCUGAAGUGACUAGUUUUAAGGCACCAGUAACCCAGCUUUGACCCUUCUCCUGUCAGUAGAAAUGACUCCACUGGGCUUAGUAGCUAAGCCACUGUAAAGGCCAGGAGCUGGACUUGUUUGUCAGAGGCUAUUUGUCCUUCCCAUAAGCGUGUGGGUUUCCUCCUGGUGCUCCAGUUUCCUCCCACAUUCUCAAGAUGUACCAGUUAGUAGGUUAAUUGGUCAUUAUAAAUUGUCCUAUCAUUAGGCUAGGGCUAAGUAGAUGGGUUGCUAAGUGGAUGCUUGUUGGGCUGGAAAGGCUCUAAGUAAGUAAAUUAUUAAAAUAGAAUAGGUACAAGGAAAUACCUUCUUCAGCAUGUUCCAUCAUGCACCGAGAUCGUGAUUGAUCCUCAAACUUAGCAUGAUAUUAACCAAAUCCCUAUAAUCAUUAAAGCUCAAAGUUCUCAGCACCAGGUGCAUUCACUGUCUGAGCAUCCAUUAAUUGCUGGGUUAGAGGUUUUUGUGUGAAAAAAGAAGUUCUUCUCAUCUCAAUACAAAAUGGCAAUUAUUUCAACCUGAGACUACAUCCCUACUUCCGGUCUCCCCAUCUGGAGCUUUCUCAACAUCUACCGUGUCUGUCUCUCUUAAAAGUUUGUACUACACUAAGGUGGUCUUCCAUCUCAAUACCCAAGAGGGCAUGUCCAGCACUUGUUUCAUGCUUGUCAAGGGGUCAAUAUGCUUCCAUUGGGAUGGUGGUAGAGGCAGAUACAUUAGGGACAUUUAAGAAACACUAAUAUAGGCACAUGGAUGAUAGGAAAAUGAAAGGCUAUGUAGGAGGGAAGGGUUAAAUUGAUCUUAGAAAGUUAGCACAACAUAAUGCGCUGAGGAGCAGUUACUGUAUUGUUGGGUUCUAUGUUCUAUUUUAGUCUGGCAACUGAUUAAUUUAGCUGGGGAUGUCAAGAUUUAUAUUAAUUUACCAAAAAAGAGAACCCUUAACAGUAAUUCAAUGGGAGUGUGACACAAGGAAGAGCAUGUACAGGUUCUCUGUCGGAAGGAAGUGCUGCUGAUUGUGGGGGUUCAGUACAGAGCACCAGGACAGCACCUGAAUAGAGACAGAAUGGCGUCUUUCACAUCUGAGGUAAAUGUCAGUGUUUGGAGCUCUGGGCUAGUCAUGCAUGAAAUUACACCCUGCCAGACAUUAAAGAUAGACCAAAGCCUAAUAAACCUCAGGCUAAAUAUCUCAGAUAUCUGCUACAAACAGUCAGCCUUUUCAAUACAUCAAAGGCCAAAGUGAAUGUUGCUAGUUGCUAAAAACCUCUCCCUUUUGUUGUAUAUAUAUUGUGACAGGAUUAAGAAAAAUAUUGUUUUUACCCCUAAGCUACAUUAAUCAUAAAUGCACUGAAAUUGAGCAAGGUUGAAAUAAAUUAUUUUAUGAGAAAAAAUUUUGAAUGUAUUUGCAGCAUUUGGCUUUUUAAACCACCAUCUAAUCAGAGUUAAUGAGUGAUGGCAUGUUGACAUGUGCUAGAACUGACUGGCAAAGUGCCAGAAUCUUCCUAUGUCAUCUUACAACUCUGUGGGAUUAUUUUUUUGAGGAACACUGGUAAUACUAAGAAAAAUUACUGUGGGGGGAAAUGAAACAAUAUCCACCUCAUGUGAAACGUAUCCAGUAAAAGGUGUGAAAAACAUAUCAAAAAUGUAAACAAGAGCUUCCUUGAUAUUCCAAUGCACAGGUGUGUAUGUUGCUGUGUAAAUCCACGCAGACUUAGUCCAAAAUGAGAAAGUACAUUUAAUAUUCAGAGAUGUAACAUGAAACGGGUUAUUGAACAGGAUAGAGGCACAGAGCCACACAGAAAUAUGGAUUCAGUCCCUUGACAUCCCUAAAUAAUCAUCUUCUUGUAUUGGCUUGACAUUUACAGCCUGAAUGAAGUCCAGCAGUAAAAGGACCAAGUUUAGUUUUGGACUUUGGGAGCGUGCUUUAAAUGGCCGCGUUAUUGUGAAAGUGCAUUACGUGCCCAUUUGUGAAAGUGUCACCAGUAAGAUUCCUGAAUAUUUCUUCAAAGGAUCCUGUGAACAAUACAAGGUCUCUCAUGUUGCAAUACAGGACUUAGAGUGCUGCCAGUAGAAUCCAGUUUGAAGUUACACGUUAAUAAUACAUUUCAAACUCUGGAAGAGUUUUUAAUUACUUUUAGUAUGUGAGGGGCAACAUGAAUUUUCAAGCUUUUUGAGAAGGAACAAGUGUGCAUACUUGGCAUGUUCUUACAUGCACUGUUGUCCUUUCUUCUGCCAAAGUUGGCUUUUAAUUAGGGUAAUUGAGCAAUGAUAAUUAAGGUCGUAUCCCUUACUUUACAUGGGAUGUUUUCCUGAUUUUCUUUUUGUUAACAUUAGUGUGGGGGAAGAACUUGGACUUGUGGAAAUUUCAUUGUCUUUACCAGGAACAAGGUGAUGUAUUGAUUGGAAUGUAGUUAGGCCUAGUGAUUGCUCAUUUGAUUUUUCAUUUGAGAUCAUUGGCCCUGCUUUUCCUACAAUGCCUGUUGCCUCAAGUUAUCUCACUUUGGUUGAGAGCAUGUCAUUGCCCUGGCCCCAGACUUUUCCAUUUUAGCUGUUAUUAAGUGAACAUUACAGUAUUAAUGUGGUUCAGUGGAAUAAAUUCCAACAAGCUGAAAUUUUCUGCAGUCAAGAUGCAGUUUGAAGUUUGACUGACUGGCCUCUGAGAAAUCUGGGCAAUCAAUGGCAUUUUUUAAAAUUCAUAAACAUAGCUGGGGUUUUUGAGGCCAUAAAUGUCCAUCUCAGAGGCAAUCAAUAAUAGAUCAAACCACUGCCCACCCCAUAAUCAUAGACUGUACCUUGUGUUAUCCAUCUUCAGUUAUAAUUUCUCCCUUACCCUCGUACAUAGCCUUGUUACUGAUCCGACACCGAGGCGUAAGGCUCUUGUACUGAGAUUUGGAUCCUUGACACCAUCAGAAACUUUGGAAUAGAUGGAUAAAGUUAAAGGGGAGGAGACAGCUGACACAAUGGCAUGGAUAGUUGGGCCACAGUUUUGCAGCUGCAAUGACCUGGGGUCAGUCCUGUCCUGUGGGAAGCUUCCACGGGGUCUCCCUGUGACCACAUGGGCUUCCUCUAGAUACUUUGGCUUGCUCCCACGUCCAGUGGUAUUCUAUAUAGAGUGGUCAUUGGCCACUGUAAACUGCUCCUAGUGCAGAUGGAUGAUAGAAUCUUUGGAAUGGUGAGAAGGGAAUAUAGUGAAUGUAGAUUACAAGGGAAAUUAGUGGAGAGAAAAGGAUUGCUGUGUGAGCUGGAACAGACACGAUGGCUGAAUGGACUCGAAUGUCAGUAGUCUGUAUGAAUAUUAAGUAAAAUGGAAAUUCUCAGUAGGCCAGAGAGCCCACACAGGGAAGAUAGAUACAGAAUUCACAUGUCAGGUCAACAAGAAAGAAUUCCUAUAUCUACAGUAAAAUUCUAAUUAUCCAGCAAGCUUUGAUAGUGCAGGACUAGUAGAUUUCCGGACUACUGGAUAUUACACUGGCAGAGGCUGAUAUUAUCAGCAUGAUUACCUGAGACGGUGUAACCACAGGAAAGGACGAUAGGACGGUUAUCCCACCAUGAUAGGACGGUUCAGAAAUGGGGCACAUAUUCAAUCUUCUGGACAAAAGGCCCAGACGAAUGAGAGGAAAAUCUUGUCUUGACAUUGCUAAUAUCUGAAAUUCAUUGAAAACAAAUUAAUUAGAGUUCUUAAGGGGGAAUUGGAUAGGCAUUUGAAGGAAUACACUUUGGAAAGAAAAAUGGAGAAUGGGUUGAAAUUGCUUUACUGGAAGACGGUGUGGAUUCAGGGGCCAAAUAGACUACUUUUAUGCCACAAUAAUUCUAUGAGUCAUGAAACCUUAAAUUCUAGUGUAUAAUACACUCUUAAUCUGCAUUAUGUAGAUCAUAUUGGUAUUUAAGUUACAAUGCAUUGUAAAGGCCAGUUUUGCAAAAUUGGUAUCCAAUAGAGAUUCAUAUACUGGAUUUUAUUGUGGUCACUGGAUAAUGAAAAGCAUCCUUGCAUAAAUCAGUCACUUGUCCCAAUUUGUUUUUGUCACCCCGUCUUAAUUUUUCUAAGGACUGUUCCUUCAGUGUUGCUUUAGGCUUUGUUUUCUAAAACUAAAGAGGGGCUCCACUUGCUACAUUGGAACUUAUGAUCAUUAUAAUUUGACAAUGUGUUUUGUAUACCUUGUGAUUAGACUCCGAUUACCCUUAACCUCAGUUUGGGCCAGGGUCAUCUGGAAGUUUCUAAGUGCUGAGCCACUGUUGAGAGGAUUGUCGGAUAGACAGCCAGAUGGCCCCAUUUUCUGCGUUUCCUUUUUUUUGGGCUUUGAAUCCAAUUAUUGCAUCAGAUCACUUUUCAUUAAGUGCCCUUGGCCAUCUUGAGGAAAGCAAACAACAAUACCUGUCAAAAUUACCAUUAAUCCUAAACAAAGUGGGCAGUAAACAUAAGGUACAUUUUACACUACCAUUGCACAGUUCAACAACUUUAAGAUAGGGGAUGGUUGGGAAGCACUUAGAACCAAUCUUCGAAUUAAAGGGAGGAUUGCAUUCUCUUUUAUGUUGGAAAUCAUUGCCAGGAAUACCACUGAUCCCUUUUACAAUAAGCAAAAAAAAAGUGGAAAGAGUUUGUGGGGAGAGAAAUUCCUUUCCAAGAUCAUAAGAAAAUGGAAUUAAGCUUUUUUCUUGUUAGGCCUUUCCAGAUAUGUUAAUAUAAAUCUCCACAAAAGUGCCAAAUGCUAAUCUUGGCAGAAUAUUGUCUAUAAAUGUUAGACACUUGCUACAAACUAUAGAGGGAAUAUAAUGAGACAAGUCUUUCCUGGAAAGAAGUUGCAAAAUGUGGAAUUUAUUUUAUUGAGAAAUGUGUUUUUGGAUACAUAAAUAUUUCUAAAGCAUUUAGAAACUGAAAUUAUCUUCAUUUAUAUUUGGUCAUGCUUUGGAAGAUAAGACGAAGAUAUCUGGUGUAAAGUUAUAUUCUACCGGGGAACUUCUUAAGCUCCUUUUAUGUCUCCCAUUCUCCAUUAAGAAAGUGGAAUUAUAUAUGAAGAUAUUAUAAGCAAUAAUUUGUACAGUAAAUUAUUCCUUUUUUCUAUAUGUAUGGGAUGUCAAUAUUUACAACUUAA